AUGUUAACCACUUUAUAUCCAGUUUUACUCUUAAUUGCAGUAUCUAAUGCAUUCCUUUCCAACAUUCCGGAAAUCAAUAAGUUAAGUACCGCAGGCAAUGCUAAGGUUGUUGGUGCUGGUAUCAAGACACCUCAAGACUUGUUGUAUACUGGUGAUUAUGUUUGUGAUAAGUUUUCCUCCACUAUUCAAGGCUCUAACGACACUACUGAGUUCCCAAUUGAUUUCAGUUUGUACGUUGCUAACAACGCUAAGGCACCUGAAGAAAACUACACCGUUGACUUAUAUUUUAAGAACCCAAAUCAUCAAUCCUUGAAUGACUUUGCUGUCUUGAAUGCUUCCGAUUCAAAAACCGUGUUGGAACGUUACAACCCACAAUUGAUUUCGAAACAACCAGGUUUCGGUGUUGAAUUUAAAUUCAACUUUGCUAAAGGCUUAUUGUGUCAAUUCUUAUACCAAUUUACCGUCAUGUACCAAUUGGAAAAACAAGAAGAUCACUCCAAGACUUCAGAUAAGAUCUUCCUCGUUGGUUCAUGUCAAGAAAAUAUGCGUUACCACCCAGACGCUUACAACGAUUUAGUUUCCCAAGGCUUCAGAUGUGUUGAAUACAACUCUGGAUACAAAUAUGAUGGUGGUAAGGACUGGUGUACCGAAUUCUACCCAUCUGACCAAUGCUGCAAGUCUUACCAAAAUGAUGAAUUGACCGACAGAGACACCUGUCCUGCUAGCGGCUCAUCAUCUUCUGUUAGUUCGACUUCAAGCUUUGCCCCUACUACCUUCAGCACCUUAAGCACUCAAUCAUCCGGUCAAGCUUCAUCGGGAUCUUCUGCUGGCGCUGGUGCUGGUACUGGUUCUGGUGCUUCAGGUCAACCAGCCCCAGGUCAACCCGGUCCAGGUCAAAAUGGUCCAGGUCAAUCAGGUCAAUUUUAA